UGUCUCGACCUGCUCUGGGAGGCGCAGCUUUCGCCCUGGUACUGGUCCUAGGUGUGGAAUCAUUCCUCUAUUCUUGUACAUUCCUUCUCUUCUCUCCUGUUCAUUCAGUCGAGUCCAAUUCAUGCAAAAAUGUUGUUGCAGUUGUUGUUUGUUUCUUCGCUACAAUGGAUCCCAAUACGAGCGCAAGUUUAUUUCAGCCAGCCGACGGCAGGCGAGAUCAUCAAUGGCGGGGUCCCGUUUAUUGUGUCCUGCAUGGAUUCCUACACUGCGCCAUAUUUUAGCCAGAUGACCAAUUUCUCCUUGCUCCUGCUCGCGGGGACAUACUCGUCUCCUGUUACACUCUAUGCAUGGAACCUCUCCAACACUUCUCCCUCUACCGUCUCCAAUAGCAUUAUAUUCCCGCCUUCAAUUGGUCCUUCGGCAACCUCGGCCUAUUUUCUUGGCAUCAAAGGCUCCAUUCUAGCCAAUACUUCCAUCUCAGUCACCUAUUUCUCCCCACACUUCACCCUGCAUAACAUGACCGGAGAUACUUCACUCAUUCCCUAUGUCCCAGCCGCUACGUCUACAGCUUCCAACUGGGUAAUAGGUGGGACUACGAUUCCUGUGACCCAAACCGCUUCACCGGGGCGGAUGAUCAUGUGCACAUCUUCAGAUGGCGCCGUCCAGGAAAUAGGAGAAACGGGCGGUUACGGACCAAUUCUGGAUGAGAAUUGUGAGCUUGAAGCGUUAAAUUAUUUGCAAGCCCUAGUCACGCAGACCAGGACUGUGACUGCUAUUUCCGCACCGGUCAUAACUACACCACCAGCCUUUGCUGCUUUCUCGGAUUUGCUCGCCCCAUUUACGCCUUCAACUUCCGUCUCUAACCAUCAGCCUUCUGCUACAGUCUCAGGUCAGAAUCCAACAAGUACAAACAACAAUACCAACGCCGGUGUUGCAAGUAUAACUUCAAGCAACCCCCAGAACGCAAAGAUGGUGGAAAUGUUGAUUAUCGCGGGCAUCACGCUCGCAACUGUUAUCAUUUUAUUUUUCAUCUGGAUGAAGUAUGGGAGGAGGCGGUAUCCGCAUGGCGGAUGCGAACAUCACGACUGUGAUUGUUCGGGGAUGAAGAAGAUGUGGGAUAACGUGAGCCGGCCGAUUUUGUAUGGGAAGGUGGAGCUGGAUACUGAGAAGGGAGGUUUGGUGACUGUAUGGCGGAAAGAGAGGGGGGGUGAGGAAACGCAGGGGAGUAUGGAGUUGGAUGCUAAUCGGGAGAGAGGAGAGUUGGAGAGCAGGGAGGGUAGUGGAGAAUUGAGUGGACGGGAUAGCGAGCCUGAGGUUGAGGAGCCAAGAAAGGCGGUUGUGACAGAAGCAAAGGCAUCUUCAAGGUCGAGCAGGAGGAGUGGACGGACAAUCGUGGCGGAAUUGGAAGGCGAUACGGUUGCUGCGGACCCAAUGGAGAUGCCUACUCCGGACUUUGAGCCCGAGAUUAUGUGUCCUGUGCCAGUACCAACAAUUGGGAAACGAGCAGUCGUCGUUGGGAAAUGCGAGCAAGGGAUGGUAGUACGUGGAAGAGAAGCAGCUGUCAUCGUUGCUGUGAGCAAACGGAAAAGAAGUGAUUCAGGGGCGACCGCCACAAUACAGAGAUCUGGGGAUCUGCUACACAUUCCUCCGAAGGAGACUCCCGAUGUUUGUGAGGAUUAUCUGCGGACCAAACGGCAAGAGCAGGUGGGGGUGUUGGCGGAUGCGACAAGGAUACGUGACAUGAGGAAAGAGAGUUACUUGAUGAGGAAGUCCGAGGAAGGUGCAGAGCGAGAUAGGCGGGAGGGACUAGAAGGAGAAAGCUGUGCUUCUCCGCUUGUUUCUCCAUGUGAGAACUUCGUGCCUAUAUCUUAGGAAAUAUUUCAAUGUACAAAUAUUUCAAGGAACAAUGUCUAUUUGGCAAGCUUCACUCUCAUUCAUGGGAAAUGAAAUGAUUCCUGUUCUCUGGUCGAGGGAGGAGGGAGGGACUGCUGCAUUCAUCUGCACGACCUCUCUGAAACGCAGGCUGAUCAAGAAGUUAAUUGGAAGAACAAUCGGUCUACGUAUUCGAAACAACACUGCAUGCUGAAUGAUUGCAGAAAGCUUCCAUAAAAGUCAAAUGAGCUAAUGACUGACAAGCAGCCGCUCCAGGGUAUUGCCUCCUGCCCCUGACGAAUCUACGCCUAAUCCAAAGGCGCCUUACUCCAACAGGACAACAAACGAAACCAUUUACACCAGAGACAUCUAUGUACCCCAAUCUAGUUUCUAAGACCAAGAUCUAGUUCACCAU